AUGCACGCCUUCCGCUUCGUCGCCCUGCUGCUCGUCAUCGCCGCCCUGAGUGUGCCGACGUGGGCCCAGGAAAAGCCGAAGACGAAUCCGCCCGUGAAGCCAAAGGACCCGCCCGUGAAGCCAAAGGACCCGACCGCGAAGCCGCCCCCUCCGAAGCCCGAAACGGCCCCUCCGCCGCCCAAGACGGACGCUCCAGCGCCGAAGACGGACGCUCCGUCGCCCAAGACAGGCGCUCCGUCAUCGAAGCCGGACGAUCUGUCGCCCAAGCCGAGCGUUACGACGGCUUCACCCACAAACGCCACGGACACCGAGCCUCCGAUCUCCACCGGGCUGUACGUCGGCGCGGGUAUCGUCGUGUUUGUCGUCGUCGUGGCCUCGGCGCUGGUCUGCGUCCAUCUGCACCGCGUCGAGCCGAUGCGUGAGGAGCGUCGCCGAUUCGUCAUCGAGGCCACGCAGCUGGCCAAGCCGGAAUAUUACACGAGGCAGAAGCCGCUCAAGUGCACCGCCGUACAGCCGCAGCUCACCAAGUUCAAGGAGGGCGUCAUUACGUUCAACAAACCCGAAAUCGAUCGCCUGUCGCUGAAGUGCUCGAUUCGACCCGUAAUUAAAGGAACUCAGGACAACGAAGCCGAAUACGGGCAGAAAAUUGAGUUGGAUCUCACGAAACUCCAAGAAUACGCGCUGGAAGACGAAUUUGUCGAGGUCAACUGUGACACGACAGGUGUACUCUCACGCAACGUCUACAAGUACCACUACCACCAUCUGCAGGCGAAGUCGCUUAAUGUGGCCGGAGAUGACAUCUUGCCCGCCACGCUCGAGCACCCGCCCGUCAUCAUGCUCGGCCUUGACUCGAUGUCCUACGGCAACUUUCGGCGUCAGAUGCCGCUCACCUACAAGAGGAUGCAGGAGAUGGGUUUUCAAGACCUGCCGAGCCACGUGAAAAUCGGAGACAACACCUACGCGAACUGGCUGGCCAUCCUGACCGGAAAACGAGGAAGUGCUGUCAAGGAAUUCCCCGGCGAGCUGCCCAAUGAGUGGCACAUAUGGUUCGACGACUUUCCGUUUGUGUGGAAGAAUUUUACGAAGAAUGGUUACGUCACGAUGUUCGCCGAAGACCGCCCCGACAUCGGCACGUUCAACUACUUUGGCGAGCUGAACGGCUUCAAGACGGCGCCCACCGACCACUACUUCAGGAGCUACUGGCUGGCCGCGUUCUGGUCGCUCGUCGGUCGUCGUUCCAAGCCGUUCUGCUACGACGCUCGGCCAAAGCACGAGAUUCAGCUGGACUACCUCGAAAAUUUCCUCCACUCCUACCGCGGGCAGCGCCACUUUGCCUACUGGUGGACGCAAGACAUGAGCCACGACUAUUUGAAUGCGAUCGGCCAAACCGACAACAGCUACGCGACGUUUCUAAAGCGCAAUUCGCCACUCCUCGACGACGCCAUCACGAUUGUGUUCAGCGACCACGGCAACCGCUACGACAGCAUCCGCGAAACGGUCGUCGGCCGUCUCGAAGCCCGGCUCCCCUUCCUCUCCAUUCGGCUGCCCAAGAACAUCCGCGAAAAGUACCCCCACAUCGCCGAGGCGCUGAAGACCAACGCCGGCCGGAUGACCACGCAGUUCGACAUGUACGACACGCUGCUCGCGGUGGCUACGGGCACCUACAUGAACAUCAGCACGAAAACGGGCCGCUCCUAUCCGCUAUGGCAUCCGGUGCCCGAGACGCGAAUCUGCCACGAGGCGCAUGUUCCGGAAGACUACUGCCCCUGCUUCAACGAGAUGCCGAUCCCGGUGGAGGAGGCGAGGGGAGCUGCUGAGACCUUCAUCGCCUAUCUGAACAAGCUGCUCACCGCGCACAACGCCACGAAGCCACAAGGAACCGUGACCGAGCCGGUCAAAAACUACAAAUGCCAAAUCCUCGAGCUGGCCAACAUCACCUACGCCUCAGUUCGUCUACCGCCCGCAAAAAUUGUCGACGACCCGCAGACUGGCGGGCAGCUGCCCAAAGAUGGAAUUGAGAUUUUCUACCGUAUCGUCAUCGAAGCCGCGCCGCCAAGCCGAGCCCUAAUCGAAGGGCUGCUCGUGAAAAGGAUGAAUUCGAAGUAUACGUCCCGACGGGCGAAGUCGAGCGGAAUAACAAGUACGGUCACACGCCAAACCGACAACAGCUACGCGACGUUUCUAAAGCGCAAUUCGCCACUCCUCGACGACGCCAUCACGAUUGUGUUCAGCGACCACGGCAACCGCUACGACAGCAUCCGCGAAACGGUCGUCGGCCGUCUCGAAGCCCGGCUCCCCUUCCUCUCCAUUCGGCUGCCCAAGAACAUCCGCGAAAAGUACCCCCACAUCGCCGAGGCGCUGAAGACCAACGCCGGCCGGAUGACCACGCAGUUCGACAUGUACGACACGCUGCUCGCGGUGGCUACGGGCACCUACAUGAACAUCAGCACGAAAACGGGCCGCUCCUAUCCGCUAUGGCAUCCGGUGCCCGAGACGCGAAUCUGCCACGAGGCGCAUGUUCCGGAAGACUACUGCCCCUGCUUCAACGAGAUGCCGAUCCCGGUGGAGGAGGCGAGGGGAGCUGCUGAGACCUUCAUCGCCUAUCUGAACAAGCUGCUCACCGCGCACAACGCCACGAAGCCACAAGGAACCGUGACCGAGCCGGUCAAAAACUACAAAUGCCAAAUCCUCGAGCUGGCCAACAUCACCUACGCCUCAGUUCGUCUACCGCCCGCAAAAAUUGUCGACGACCCGCAGACUGGCGGGCAGCUGCCCAAAGAUGGCAUUGAGAUUUUCUACCGUAUCGUCAUCGAAGCCGCGCCGCCAAGCCGAGCCCUAAUCGAAGGGCUGCUCGUGAAAAGGAUGAAUUCCGAAGUAUACGUCCCGACGGGCGAAGUCGAGCGGAAUAACAAGUACGGUCACACGUCCCACUGCGUCGCCGACAGGACGCUGAAGAAAAUUUGCCAUUGCCUAGAAGUUUUG